AUCAUGCAAAGCAGAGAAGGAACCCAUCAUGCAACGCAGAGAAGAAGACGACGACCAAGAAAUUCAAUCCCUUUGCAGCCAUUUCUACUCUGUUUUCCCUAAAUCCUCCACCGGAAUCACUAAAUAAUGCUCUCCAUCAAACCAGUGGCGAAAUCUGCUUGUUCCAUUUUGUUGCGGGAUUCCCAGUUCUGUACUUACUCUUCUCUGCUUCAAGCUCCGGCCCCCAACAACUCCGCCACCCUGAAGCUGAGCGCCGAGGAGAUGGUGGCACCGUUCAAGUCGUGGUUUAAGGCCCAGAACUCGCCGCUGCUCGACCAAUUCUUCACCAUCUUGACUGCCAAAAAAUCCAUCGCUGCUCGGUGCCUUAAUUUGAUUGAUUAUAUCAAGCAUAUAUCAUUUUAAAAUUAAAAAUUAUGAAAGAAAUAUGCAAUUUUAAUUCUUGAGUGGAACUGGUUGUGCUAAAAUUUUCUUUACUACCUUGCUUUUCAUUUGUGUGAUCAAGAAAUUCUUUGUUUAGCUGGCUGUACUGUACAUUAUUCUGUAUGGGGGAGCCUGUUGGAUUCUUGUGGCUCUAUAUUCAAAUGGCCUCUUCCCCAAUUGUCAAUAUUUGGAAGUUGGAUGCUUUAACAUGGUAUUAGAGCCCACUUUCAUUUCUGCCCCAUUUCCUUGAAAACUAGAAUCCUAGUUGCUGCUUCAUUGCGCAUUGGUAGCCUUCUGUUUUCCAUGUUUUAGGCGCCCAUCUUAACAUUUGUUCAAUGCCGGAGGAUUGUUAAGUGGGAAAAUAAUCCCAUUAAAAAGGGUUUUUUUGUGGCAUUAUGAUCAAGUUGAACCUUUCUACUUAUUGUCAAUUGAUUUUAAAUUAAAUGUUUUAAUAAAAGAAUGGAGAUUUU